CCUGGAAUCGGGAGCUUUCUGGUUUGUGGUUUUUUUUUUUUUUUCCCCUAUCCUUUAAAAAGUUUUCAGGAAGUCUGGGGGAGGGGCAAAGCCGGUUCUUUUUUGUUAUAAUGGGCCUCUUUGUGGGGAUGGAAGAGGAGAAGAGAUCUGCCUGCCUGUGGUGAGCACGCUUCCCAGUGAUUCCCAGGGUAACUUCCCAGGGCUCCUGAACAGCACAGGGCCCCUGCGGUGCGGGAAGAGGGGCGGGGGGCUGGUCCAGCAUGGAGCUGAUGGUGCUGCUCAAUGCUCUGGUUACUCGCCUGCUCUUUGUGUUGCACUCUCUCAUCGGGGUCUGGAGAGUGACUGCAGUGAAGAAAGAACCCAAGUACUGGCUACUGGCACUGCUCAAUCUUCUCCUGUGCCUGGAAACAGGGCUCACCCUCAAGUUUAAGCAAGGCAGAGGCUACAAAUGGUUUUCACCAGCAAUAUUUUUAUAUCUGAUUUGCACAGUACCAUCACUAUGGCUACUAGAAAUUCAUCAUGGGACUCAGUACUGUGGUAAUGAGCCUGGAGCAGUUCAGGUGAAUGUCAGCAACCAAGACUUCAAUGAAUCCAGAGACAGCAGUCAUGGAAGUGAGGGAACAGAUCACCACAUCAUUCAAACGGCUAAAGUCCUUGUGAAUCAGCUUUCCACAAUCUGUGAGACUGUAUGGACACUGGCCCUCCACCAGACUUUUCUGCUGCUACUCGUAGUUGGGAGAUGGCUUCUCCCCAUUGGAAUGGAAAUCACCCGGGAUCAAUUGUCUCAGCUGCUUCUCAUGUUUGUGGGAACAGCAGCAGAUAUACUUGAAUUUGCUAGUGAAACCUUGGACAUCGAAGAUGUUCGGAAGAAUUAUGCUCUCAUAAAUGCAAUUCUUGCUGUAUGGACCUGGAGUAUGUUACAGUUUCCACUUGAUCUUGCAGUACAGCAUAUUGGCUGCAAACCAACUGCAUCAACUAAGCGGAUCCCCAGCCUGCUGCUGUGCAGAUACAGUGCGGAACUGUGGAACAUCGGAGUCAGCCUUUUCAUACAGGACGGCCCCUUCUUCAUCGUGCGUUCAAUCCUGAUGGGACAUUUCAGAAUAUUCAACCAGAUGCUGGUGUUUUUUACAGCUAAGAAUAUUUUAGUUGUGACUCUACAAUUGUAUCGUCUGGCAGUGAUAACGUUAGACUUCCGUGCUACCAUUCUGCAGAAGAGCCGGAAAGGAGAAGUCACCUGUUGCCCGUGCAAGCCUUACGAAGCUAGUACUCAUGCUGCUGCUGACCAAGAUACUGAAAUGAAAGAAUUUGUUGCCUUUCCUCCAAAAGAGGAAUCCCAAGCUCCAGCAUAAGAUCAGUGAGCACAGCUACUGACUUGAAAAGCUGUGUUUCCCACAGUUUCUUCAGAAGAGCUUAGCCUGUUUUUAUGAUCAAACACACCCUGAGUGCCAAAGCCACCUCUUCCAUCAAGAGAUCAAUAAUUUCUUCUAAUCGUAGGGGAAAUUUCUGAGGCAAAUUCAUAGAAAUGGGACUUUUUUUUUAUCCAUUUGUAUGGUGGGUUUUGACUAGUUCCCUAUUAUAUUAUCCACAGGGAUUUUGUAGCCAUAGUUUGUAGUAGCCACAAAGGUUUGGCACACUAACAAAGUUGGUUAUUAUCUUUGGUGGCACUGUGCUAACGUAUGUACUUGCAUGUAUUCAAAUAGAAGGACAAGCCUCUCCAUUAUGGGAAGUACAGAAGCAUUUAGCUCUAAUUGAAUGGUUGGGCCAUAACAAGAGCGUGAUGAACAAUACAUUCACUGUGUAUGGGAACAACUUCAGCAGUAACAACUGUGUAGGCAUGCAAGUGAAGGGGAAUGACAGAUUUCUGCUGUUACUGCAACAUCUAAACAUUGUUCAUUCAAGAAAUUAAGAAAAUUUUCAGAUGUUACCUCCUUGGCUAGAUUCAGUUAAAAACUAUGCAACAACAUGAAACUGCAUACACAAGACUGUCUCUUAGGACCUGCAUGGUCUGAAUAACCUUAAGCUUACAAAUAAAAGUAAUAAUAAUAAAAAAUCCCAGCCCCAUAGAUCAUUAGAAAAUGCCUGUGAUAAAUGCAGUUGUAUUCUACAGAUGUGCUUGCCUUUAUUUCUACCAGUUAGAACACAAAAAAGAAAUGUCCCCAAAAUACUUGUAAAGUCUGUCAGUCCGCCCAUCCCAAGUUUUACUGUGCUUGCAGUUGAGACAGGUUUUGAAAAUGUCUCCAUUUUAUAUUAUUUCUAAAAGUGGCCCAACUCAGGCAUACAACCUAACUACAAGGAAAAUGGCCUACUCAAGUUAGACAAGACAAUCUAGACAAAGGAUUCAGGCUUGUGUUUCACAUUUCAUAAAGCAGGACAAGAUCCCAUGAAGUAACUUGAGCAAUUGUCUGGUCUGUUGUGUGUCAAAGUUAUCAAUAAUUAUUAAUUUACUAUAUUCACAUUUGGAGUGAAGAACAGGGCCCAAUUAAUUUCUCCCCAAAACACACUUUAGUAAGACCAUUGACUUUGUGAGGCUUAGCUUAUAGAAGCUAAAAGUAAAAUCGAGGGGUUUUUGAAAGUGUGCCUAAAAAUUGUAUUUCACAGAAAAUGGCAGGUGCUUUUACAAAUUUCUGCAUCCAUUUUAAAAGAGAGCAGAAAAACCUAUAAAAAAUAGCAAAGUGACCCUAAGGUCAUUUCCCUUAUGAAAAAUACCUAAUUAAACCUUAUUUUCUAAAGCCUCAGCUAUCUAAAUACAGAAUGUGGUUUUGUGAAUGAGUAAGAGUGUUUCUGCCACCACUGCAGCAGUCAUGUGCUUAUUUAUCCAUACCCUCAUAAGCAAUGACAUGUUUAUUCUUUGGAAGAUGAGCCUGUUUAAAAAUUCCAACCCCCAAGCAUGUGAACCGAUGUUUAUACUUAUGAGCUGUUACUGUUCUGUGCAGGAUCAGGCCCUUACAUUACAAAAGGAUAAAAAUGCACAGCCAUAAAGAAGGAAGUCUCAUAUACUUCAUAGCCCUUUCUACCAUUCAUAUUCUAGUAAUAAUGUGCAGCACAUCCUACUCUUCUUAUUUUAGGCCUUUUUCCAAGAUAAAUUUUAAAAAUCCAGUCAUCAUUUGCCAUAGCAUUGUGAAGUAGACAUAUGGAGAGUGGAAUACAACUUCAUUUGGGAUUUUAAUUCAAGUCUAGAGGUAAGAAAGCUAGAGCGCUGCUGCUGACAAGCUUUGCUGUCUAAAACCUUUCACACAAGGAUGAUUUUAGAAUCGUUUGCUAGAACUGCAACACAUCUCUUCCUGAUGCAAGCCAGGACUACUCACAUUCAUUUCGAGUUUACCACUUGCUGAUACAGUAAUUAUCCCGUUAAAAGGAUCCUUACUAAUUAAUUGAGUAUACUAAGCUUGCUAGAACAACAUUCUAAAUUCAUCAGUACAAAAAUUGCAGGAUGUACUUGUUUAAACUUGCUGUCUAUUUAAAGGCUUAGUUCAGCAACAAACUGCCUACGAGGCUCAGCCUGCAGCAAAUGCAAGAUCCCCUGGGGUCAGCGAUACAGAGACUAGUUACAGCAGGAAUAUUUUACAGAGAACUAUUAUUUUCUGGUCUUCAGGCUGUUCCAUUUUAAACAGUAGAGCUUCUAAUCAGAUUUACGGUGAGAAGAAUUCACUCCAAUGCUAGGUUGUUACAACUAGAUCCCAUCCCCAUUCACUCACAGACAAAAUAGGCUAGAUCCUCCCUCACGCUUACAAUAGAUUUGGACUUCCCUUUUCCUCCCCACUGUCAGGGGUGACAACAAACAGAUUGCACUUAAAAAUAAAAGAAAACCCAAGCAGACAAACAAGGCACUUAAAUGGUGGGUAGCCUGUCUCCCCAUCUGCGUGCAGAGAGGAAUCAUGUGUGCCAGGUAGCAGCAGGAACAACAUGCAGUUCAUUCUACUUCAUCGAGAAGCCUGGAAAUGGCAGUUAAGAAGUCUAGUAGCUUGUAUGCUUGGUCACAGUAGCAAACCCCAGUUGUAAGCCCUCCUCACCUUCCUCUUGCAAAAUUUUUGAGAGGAAGGGCUAUGGCACUGUUUUUUUCCAGCAGGCUGAGUCAGCUGAAUCAGCAGCUGAAUGUGGAGAGCCAGUGUGUCAUCCUGAAGCCUUCCAGAGCUUUGCACCAGACAAGUGGUAGAGUGCGUUUUCUUGAAGAUCUGCCAGCAUCCGUGGUGUAUCUAAAGAACAACUGAUGUCAUGCUUGCUAUUCAGGAAAAGCUGCAGUAAACUUUCAGACAGGGAAAAUUCAAGCCUUUGAAACAAAGAUUUCAGAACAUUUAUCUUAACCAGUAUUUGAGUCAAAAGAAUUACAUUACUAAAUCUGUUCUGCAAAUAGAUAUCUAACCAUUUACUGUUAUUUAUUCUGGUUGUUUCUGCCUUGUCCUUUUAGAUUAUUCCAUAUUAAGCCUCUCUAAAAUGUUUUACCACCUGUCUUUUCCUGAGCUAAAGUGUAUUCCCCCUUUCCUACAGACAUUGGCUCAAACAAGAUAAUAGCCCUGAAUCUGAAAAAAACCUACAAGCCCCCCCAAGAACACCAACAACCAUGGUUAUAUUGCAUUCCUGUUGUUAUUUGUACUGUACAGUGUUCUCUGGGAUCAUGUGGGAAUGGAAGAAAAUGUGCAAUUACUUUUAAAAAACUCCAACUGUAUUUUGCAAAUAAAAGGCAGUUACCUCAGGCAUAGCUGCCAAUUUAUUAUGUGA